GCUAGAUGAGUCCACUAAAACAUAUGGUCAGCAUCCAAUGUCGAAAACUUACAGAGCUAUUUAUUUGGGGGAUUUAUUUACCGCUACACGGUCUUAGGGAUUUUGUAGACUCGAGCGGAGACCGGCUUGUUCAAAAUGAGUUGUACAGUUAGGGGGAAGCCGAAGUCAGGCCGUACUUGGAAAACAGUUCGUACUGCGAAACACAGUGCAAUUAAAAAAGACAAAGGUAUACGUACAUCAUUUCAAGUUCGUAGAAAAAUUGAAGCAGAAAUUAAAAAAAUUCGUAAUGAAUCUAUUGAACGAAAAAAAGCAAAAGAUGAAUUAAAAAGAAUGAAACGUUUAAAAGAAGAAGAGAAACAUCAACGUAAAUUAGAAAACGAACGUCGUUCAGAAAUUGUUAUACCAAUAACAAACCCGGCAAAACUAAAACGUUUACGAAAAAAACAAAUGAGAACAAUUGUAACACGAUGAAGAAGAAGAUUAUUUUUGGCUAUAAUAAAUUUCAAAAUAUAAUACUUUUGGCCAGUGAAAUUCAACUGAGCCGUAGCCAAAUCAUCCUGCAGUUGGCUCACUGAUUAUCGAACAAAUCAUCGAUCCCCGUCAAGGUCAAGCACGCAUCAGUUAAUCGAAUGCCAUGGGCUGAGCCAUGCGACUGAAGAUGCCACAGGUAUUCGGAGUUUGACAACGCUUUAACCA